AUGUCAAACCUUGAACAAAGAUAUCCGUCACUUCAAUUAAGAGGCUCAACCGCUUCAUAUUCGCAUAAGAGUCCAGAUUCACAUCUCGUUCCCUUUUUACUCCGAAACUCAAACGAAAGUGACACAUCAAGAUCUAACGACUCUGAAAGCCACCUAAUUCGAGAAUGAGUUAUUAAAAAUCCAAAUGUUUAUAAAAUACUGCAAGAAAAGUCAAACUAUCCAAGCUCUAAAUCGUCCCUAAAUAUUUCAAAAGCAGGCAAAGGUGCAAGCAUUUCAAAUCACCUCGAAAACUCUUCUCAAAUUUCAGAAAUUUCUGGAGUUUUGGAAUCAGGAUUUCUUGACAAACCCGAUGAGCCUUUCUGCACUUAUCCGAAUUGUUUAGAAAGAGCUGAAUUUAUUUGCAAAUGCACAGAUAAAAGCAAUCUUAUCUAG